AUGUCCAGCCACUCUGGAAGAGGUCAUGGGGGUCUUAACCAACUAGGCGGAAUGUUUGUUAAUGGCCGACCACUUCCGGAGGUGAUCCGGCAACGCAUUGUGGACAUGGCCCACCAGGGGGUUCGGCCCUGUGACAUCUCCAGGCAGCUCCGAGUCAGCCAUGGCUGCGUCAGCAAGAUCCUGGGACGCUACUACGAGACAGGAAGCAUCAAGCCUGGUGUGAUUGGCGGCUCCAAGCCCAAGGUGGCCACCCCGAAAGUUGUGGACAAGAUCGCUGAUUACAAGAGGCAGAACCCCACCAUGUUCGCGUGGGAGAUCAGGGACCGGCUGCUGGCAGAGGGAGUGUGUGACGGCGACACGGUGCCCAGCGUGAGCUCCAUUAACAGAAUAAUACGAACUAAAGUCCAACAGCCGUUCAACCUGCCUCUCGAUGGAAAAGGCCUGAGUCCCGGACAAACCUUAAUCCCCAGUUCAGCGGUCACCCCUCCCGAAUCUCCUCAGUCCGACUCCCUGGGCUCCACCUACUCCAUCAGCGGCCUGCUGGGUAUCCCUCAUCCCAGCGCCGAGGGCAAGAGGAGCCACGAUGACAGUGACCAGGACAGCUGCCGGCACAGCGUGGACUCUCAGGGCAGCGGCGGCGUCCCGAGGAAACAGAUGAGGCUGGAUCACUUCUCAACCGCCUCGCAACAUCUGGACUGCGGGUUCGAUCGUCACCACUACCCGCCGGACUCAUUCGGCUCGGCCUCCGGCAGCAAGGCAGAGCAGACUUUGUACCCGCUGUCCCUGCUCAACGGCAGCCUCGACGAGGCCAAGACCAGCCUCUCGGCAUCCAGCUCCACCAUUGGACGGAAUCUGGCGCAUCAGGGCUACACCAUGGUGACCGAGCCCCUUCAGUCCCUGCCGCUCUGUCUAAAACAGGAAAUGUCCCCCGAGGUGACCAGCACGAGCCCAUCGCCAAACAUGGCGGCCUCCAACCUGGCGUUCCUGGAGCUGCAGGCGCUGCAGAAACCUGUUUCUCUCAGCGGCAGCAACUGCAGCUCCAACCAUUUCCCCAAUGCAUUCAACUCAUUCUCCCAUCAUGCACCAGUGUACGGGCAGUUCAGCAGCCAGUCUGUCAUCUCAGGACGUGACAUGGUGAGCUCCACGCUGCCAGGUUACCCACCUCACAUCCCGUCCCCUGCACAGUCAGGAUACUCCUCCUCUGCCAUCACAGGCAUGGUCGCAGGUGCAGACUACACCGGUCAGUCCUACACCCAUUCCCCCUACACCUCGUACAGUGAGGCCUGGAGGUUCACCAACUCCAGCAUACUGGGUUCCCCCUAUUACUACAGCUCCGCCUCCCGCACAGCCCCACCACCUUCAUCUGCCUACGACCACCUCUAG